AUGGAUGGUGAGAAGGAGCAGUACGUGAUCACCCGAGCGGCCUACUCUGAGGUCAGCUUCAAGGCUCAACACCAACAAAUUGAGAGGUAUCACAAAACGCCCCUGGAUCACCUGAGGAUCUAUUUCAGAUGCUCCACUGCAAGAGCGAAGAGAAUCGGCCUCUCGUUGCUGCCCAUUGUCUCAUGGCUGCCAGCGUACAACGUGAAAGAAUGGAUUGUCAGUGACAUUGUGUCUGGUAUCAGCACUGGCCUCGUCUGCGUUCUGCAAGGUUUAGCCUAUGCCCUCUUGGUGUCAGUACCAGCUGGUUAUGGACUCUACGCGGCCUUCUUCCCCAUCCUGACCUACUUUUUCCUGGGAACAUCAAGACACAUAUCAGUCGGGCCGUUCCCGGUGGUAAGCCUGAUGGUGGGCACCGUGGUGGAGAGGAUUGUUACCGACGGCGAUGCCGGGGCCAACUCCACCAUUUUCCCCGCUGACAUGAGCAGAGAGGAUAGGCAAGUGUGGGUGGCUUCCUCUGUCACCUUCCUCGCCGGCAUCUUCCAGCUGGCUCUUGGAUUUCUCCAGGUGGGUUUCAUCGUCAUUUACCUGUCAGACCCGAUGAUCUCGGGCUUCACCACAGCCGCUGCCAUCCACGUGCUGGUCUCGCAGCUCAAGUUUGUCUUCCAGUUGAUGGUCCCCAGUUUCAAUGGGCCCCUGGCCCUGAUAUACACGCUGAAACACAUCUUCACGCAUAUCACGGAAUCCAACGUGGCCGACAUCAUCAUCUCACUCAUCGUUAUGGGCGUUGUGUUCGUCGUGAAGGAAAUUAAUGAUCGAUUCAAGUCCAAGCUCCCUGUGCCAAUACCCAUUGAGGUUAUCAUGACAAUAAUCGCGACGGGUGUCUCCUACGGUUUUAACUUUGAAGAGACCUAUAAAGUUGCCAUUAUUGGAAACCUACCCAGUGGCUAUCAGACGCCUCUGCCCCCCAACACCGCCGUCCUACAGCAGAGCUUCGGAGACGCCUUCUCAAUUGCUAUUGUUGGCUUUGCUGUUGCAUUCUCAGUGGCCAAGGUUUACUCCAUCAAACACGAUUACGUUAUCGAUGGAAAUCAGGAGCUGGUGGCAUUCGGGAUCAGCAACAUGUUCUGUGGGGCGUUCCGGGGGUUUGCGGCCAGCACAGCCCUGUCCAGGACGGCAGUUCAGGAGAGCACCGGCGGCAAGACCCAGAUCGCGGGCCUGUUGUCGGCUGUGAUCGUGAUGAUUGUCACGCUGGCCAUCGGCUUCCUACUGGCGCCUCUACCCAAGUCAGUUCUCGGAGCAAUUGUUAUCGUUAAUCUGAAGGGGAUGUUAAUGCAGUUCAGAGAAAUUGUAGUCCUCUGGAAGAAAGACAAGUAUGACUGCCUGGUGUGGAUCAUGGCCUUCAUCGCUGCCGUGCUCCUGGGCCUUGACAUUGGGCUUGGUGCCGCCGUCGGCUUUGAACUGCUGACUGUCGUCUUCAGGACCCAGUUUCCGCAGUGUUCAGUUCUGGCCAACAUUCGCGGCACGGACCUCUACAGAAACAGGAAGGACCACGUGAAUAUCUAUGAGCCAGAGGGAGUGAGGAUCUUCCGAUGCCCUUCACCAAUAUUCUUUGCAAACAUUGACUUUUUCCGGACUAAGUUGACAGAAGCUGUUGCGUUUAAUGCUCUCCGCAUUCUCCGUAAGAGGAAUAAAGCCAUUCGAAAAAUCAAAAAGAUGCUCCUGAAAGGAGACGACUCUGACAAUGAAGAUGAGAAGACUGCUGACGAUGUGACUGCAGCAACCGACACCCAGGACUUGCCACUGAAGAUUGACUGGAGGUCCCCUCUCCCGGGAGGGAUUCUAGUCCCCAGAGUGGACACACACAGCAUUGUCCUGGACUUUGCCGCUGUCUCCUUCCUCGACAUGUCUGCGAUGAAAGGCCUGAAUUCGAUCCUGAAAGAAUUCAUCAGGAUUGAGGUUGAUGUUUACAUUGCUGCUUGCGAUGGUUUACUACUGGAAAAAUUAGAAAGAUGUGGAUUUUUUGAUGAUGAAAUCACUCCAGAAAUCUUCUUCCUUACAAUCCACGAUGCAGUGCUCUGUAUAUUGGAAAAACACAACUCCAUCAAAACACUGGACCUCAGGAAUGGAAAGGUGAACGAGACCAGGGGGAAGUUACAUUCUGAAGGAGAGUUAAAAAGAGGGGAACCAUGGUGCCGUCGGAUACACAGUUCUGAGCUGGAAAAUGUAAAUAGAAGCUGACUCAGAAAGAACACAUCACGGUUUUGAAAACGAAGUGACAAUUAACGAUGACUAUGUUAUAUUAAUUUGCAGUCUUCCUGGGAAGAAUUUUAUCGAGGUUCCUUGGCAUCAUGCUUUUAAAAUAAUUUUAAUGUAUAUAUAAAAUAUAAAUAUUUUUA